UAUAUUAAUUUACACAAAUCCUAGGCGAUCAAAUAUAAGUGAUCUCAUAGACCAAAUUAUUUAAUACUUCAUGUCUCAUGAAUCAUGAUAACUUUCUGAGAGAAAUUUUAUUAAAAAAUUAAAUAAAAAGAUAAUUUUAUUACGUAGAAGCGAGAAGGUUUAUCCUUGAUUUGAUACACUUGAUUGAUGAUAAAUUUAAUUUUGAAAAAUUAGGGUUUUGGCUGGAAUUUACCAUCAUAAAUUUGCGAAAUUGCCUUAUGAUUGGUACUAAAUUAUUUGCUGAAUUCGAGUUGUUAGUUUGUGAAUUGUGAUUUCGACUGUACAUUUCAGAAGGCGAAUCGAGUACACAUGUUUAUGUGAUACAUGAAAUUGGAUUUCAACAGACAUUCAGAAUCUUGAUCACUUUGAAAUUCCGUCGGUAUUGGCACAAAGCGACUGUCUACAACACCCUAUUAUGCCGGCGUCCCCUUCCGACGCCACUGGCUGCACAACGGCUAGUCCGGCAAAGGGAUCAAUUGUCAUAGCAAAACUGAAGCAAGCUUCACUUUUAUGGUGCUAUGGCUUCAAAGAGGCGUGUUGCCUUCAUAAGGUCGUCUUAUCGUGUUCAAGGUCAAGAAGCCUUUUGAUUCGAACUAGUCAAUGUUUUCUCUUCCAUGGAUUUAUUUUUCUGGGCAGUAUAUCUAUAUUGAAAUCAUUUCUCGUUCCUGCGCUGCAGUGGAUAUUGCCUGAUGAGUGCCCUCAUAUCAUAUAUGAAGAAGUAUGCAAAUAUGGAGUAUUAUUGACUCUUUAUUCAACAACAAGAAAGCUUUUGAUACAACUCGUCUAUCUAUUAUGGUUCUAUCCAUUGUACGUGUCCAGCAUUAUACUCAGCGGUAUCUGGUACAAUGAUAUAGCUAAGCAGGGUUUCAUUGCAAUGGGAAAAAGUAAGCCUUCAGCUGUUGUAACCACAUGUGAAAAAAAGGCAUCACUUGCGCAAACUCCUGGUUUAGAUAAGCCAGCUGGUCUUGGAGGGAUCAUGAUUGGAAUAGGGGAGCAAGUAUACUCAUUUCUCCUCUUGACCUUAUUCUUUCUGGAGGUUUUUGCCACUGGUUUUAUUCCAUAUGCUGGAAAAGCACUCUAUUUCUUGCUUCUUUCCUGGAUGUAUGCUUAUUACUGUUUUGAGUACAAAUGGAAUUUUUCUGGAGUGACUCUUGACAGGAGGCUGGACUUCUUUGAAUCAAAUUGGGCAUUUUUUGCUGGUUUUGGAAGCCCGUGUGUGCUGGCGAUUUUCUGUUUUCCUCCUUUGGAGAGCUAUGCUGUUAUGGCCACUCUUUUGCCUCUGUUUGUCUUGACAGCAACAGGAUCUGAUGCUGAUGAUCUAGUAACGUCUCCAAGGAAGCAGUGGCUAGGUGCUGGAUUAGGAAGGGUGCCUAUAUUUUGUGCUGCUGAUUAUGUCUCGAUGAAGGUCUUGUCUUUCCUUCCUCUAAGAGAAAGGAAGCAGAAGCAAGCAAACAAGGUGCUAUAAGUUGAUAUUCUCUCCGUUGCUCUUUUUGAGACCACGCAAAUUAUUUUUGGCGCGUACAAAAUGUAAGGCCGCCCCUUUAUCGACUCACUCUCGUUGCAGAUAAUUACAAACAUCCUCGUAUCACAUCAUAUGUAAAUGAAUUCAUAUAGUCAUUUUUUUUUUACUAUAAUACAAUGCAAUGUUCUCAAAAUUCAAAUCAUCCAAGGUAAUUCUUUUAAACUCAAA